AAAUAAUUAGAUGUUUUUUUAACCUCAAACUACUCGCUUUAUAUUUUUAUUCUCCCUUAUUAUUAUUUAACGUCUAUGGAAAAGGCGACAGAACCGGCCUCGUUCUACAGUUGAAGUUUUUUAUCCUUUGUAAAAGUUGGAUGAUUUAUUGUGUUUCAUUUAAUUUCCUUUCAAAACGUUUUCUUUCUGGCUUCUGGGAAACGUUGUUCUGAUGCUUUUCUCUCAGAACCGGAAGGUUCCUGAUCCAUGUUCCAAAGCUGCUGAGCUGUAGAACCUGCUGGAUCCUGGAGGACCUCUAUGGAACCUGGAGGAACCCGGACCAGAGAGGUGAUGCUGCCACCAGGGGGCAGCAGAGUCCAACCCACCUCCAGGAAGGUGGCAGCCGGAGCGCGCGCAGACAGACGAGCAGCAGGUGGAGGCGCGCGCAGGCCCACGGACACGCGGACACACAGAGCUCACCUGCGGACAGGUGAGCGGCAGCAGGCAGGCUGGAGCCGCAGUAUGCUGAGGGAGAGCCCUCACCUGGGAAGAUGUACGUCAGUUACCUGCAGCUGGACAAGGAGCCCGGCAUGUACCCGCACCAGAACCCGGUGGGCCGCCAUCCGGGCCUCAGCCUCAGCCCGCAGAGCUUCGCGGUACCGGCUCCGCCGCAGUACUCGGACUUCGCCGGUUACCACCACCACCACCACCACCACGGCCUGGGCAACGAGCCGCAGCAGGCCGGGCCCGGGCCCGGGGCCGGCGGCUGGAGCCCGGCCUACCCGCCGCCUCCUCCCCCGGCCCGGGACGACUGGUCCUCCCAUCACUACGCCGCCGCCGCCGCUGCCGCCGCCGCGGUGGGGGGACCCCCCGCCGGGCCCGGGGUCAGCGGCCCCACGCUGAGCUUCAGCCCCGCCGAGUUCCCCGGACAGCCGCCCGCGCUGCUGCCCGCCGGCCUGAACCCGUCGGCGGGGCAGCUGUCCCCCGGAUCCCCGAGGAGGAGGAACCCGUACGACUGGAUCCGAACCUCCGCGCCGCCCAGCAACCCAAAUGGGAAGACUCGGACGAAGGACAAAUAUCGGGUGGUGUACACCGACCACCAGCGGCUGGAGCUAGAGAAGGAGUUUCACUACAGCAAGUACAUCACCAUCCGGAGGAAGGCGGAGCUGGCCACGGCGCUCAGUCUGUCGGAGAGACAGGUGAAGAUCUGGUUCCAGAACCGACGAGCGAAGGAGCGAAAGAUCAACAAGAAGAAGCUGCAGCAGCCGGCCUCCUCCACGACCACGCCCACCCCCCCCACCGGCAGCGGUGGCAGCGGAGGAGGAGGCGGACUCCACGGCAACGGCAGCAGCAGCGUGGCCAUGGUGACGAGCAGCAGCGGCAGCAACGGGCUGGUUUCUCCAUCGUCUCUGACUCUGAACAUCAAGGAGGAGUUCUGAGGAGGAGAAAGACGACGUUCCACUGGAGGCUGAUAUGGGCCUGGAGAGCCUCGGCAACAAACUGAAACAUUUCAGCUUCUGGACUCUUCGCCUCUUCAUGAGUUCUGAAGCUAAAGCCCUAAGAGAAGGUCUGCACAUGUUGAUGGGUGAAUCUUCCAGGAGGUGUUUGCUCACAGAUGUUCAGCCUGUUUGAUCCCAAACAGCUGGAAGAACUCUGAAACAUGCUGAUCGACGCUGAGCUUCUCUGCUGGGUCCAUCACCUUCAGCCAAAUGUUCCUGACGUUUGGACCAAUCAGGGAGCUUCAUGAAGGUCUGCUCAGUGGUUCUCUGGUUGCUAGUUAAAUCCCAGCUUCACUUUAGCUCCUCCUCCCUGUGGCUCGCUAGGUCUGCUGCCCACAUUUUACUGAGCAUUUAACCUUCAACCCGUCACUUUGGAUCAGAAUCAGAGGUUCUAGAAACUCCAAUCAGACCCUUUUUUCUCAUCUUAUCUGGACUUAAAGACUCUAAAGAGUUUUUUGUCUCCAUUUGACAAGAAAUGAUGAAAUAAAAAUGUAGAAAAUUUAUAAAAUUUAACUUUUUAUUGAACGGUUUUACAACUAAAAUAAUUUUUAAAAGUUUAUAUUUCCUCAUUUUUUGUAUCUUAAUUAAUACAUUAAUUAGCAAUUAGGAAUUUGAAGUCAUGUAAUUAUUAUAACUAAAAGACAUUUUUUUCAUAAUUUUUGAAUUUUAUACAUUUUUAUAAAGAGUUUGUAAAUUAUAUUUAUCAACCUGUUUACUCGACACAGCAGGUUCUUCAGGAACGUCUACCUUGUUAGCAGAGACUAAAAGGUGAAGGUCUGGUAGCACCGAGGCUGUUUUUUUGCUAAAAUUCAGCUUGAACUGAAAUCUGGCAGAGCUGAAUAUGGAGAAUCCGCUUUAAUGGGCUGUGAGUCCAUCUGUGUGAUUUAGAUGAAUACGAUGUUUCUGAUGCGUCCUAAAGCGGCAGAAAAGGUCCAAAGUAUUAUCAUCUGAAUCUAAAUACCUCCCUAUUUAUUUUCUUCUUUCAUUAAAUUUAUUUUGAGAAUUCCACAAAUAAAAGUCUAAAUCACUGGAGGAAAAGUAUAGAAACAGAUUUUUGUAUUUAAUUUUAAUCUUCAGCAGUAAAAUAUUUAUUUGGUUAGAAUUCUUAAUAAGGCCUUUUGAGGAAAGUUUGUGUUAAUUUCAGGAAUAUUAUCACAUCAGAACUUUUAAAAACUCCAAGACUGUAACAUUAAAACUAUUAAAAAGACACAAAUAGAUAAUGAAAUAUACAAAGAAAUGCAAGAACAUUUAGAUUUCAACAAGAUUUAAACUAAAGGCAGGUAUGAAUGAGAAAUGAGUGCAAACCCUGAGACACUUUAAAACAAAAAAAGCUGGUUCUACAGUGCAGGUCCAGUUUCUGUCUGCUCCCUGGACCCCAGAGGAGAUGCUGGUUUGAGUCUCCAGCAGUAAUUCAGGAAGGAACCGGACCAUGCAGGGCCACCAGGUAACCAGUAACAGACAGGUAACUAGUCACAGGUAACCAGUAACAGACAGGUAACUAGUAGCAGGUAACCAGUAACAGACAGAUAACUAGUAACAGGUAACCAGUAACAGACAGGUCACUAGUCACAGGUAACCAGUAACAGACAGGUAACUAGUAGCAGGUAACCAGUAACAGACAGGUAACUAGUCACAGGUAAGCAGUAACAGACAGGUCAUUAGUCACAGGUAACCAGUAACAGACAGGUAACUAGUAGCAGGUAACCAGUAACAGACAGGUAACUAGUCACAGGUAACCAGUAACAGACAGGUCACUAGUAGCAGGUAACCAGUAACAGACAGGUAACUAGUCACAGGUAACCAGUAACAGACAGGUAACUAGUAGCAGGUAACCAGUAACAGACAGGUCACUAGUCACAGGUAACCAGUAACAGACAGGUAACUAGUCACAGGUAACCAGCAACAGACAGAUCACUAGUCACAGGUAACCAGUAACAGGCAUAUGACUAGUAGCAGGUAACCAGUAACAUACAGAUGACUAGUUGCAGGUAACCAGUAACAGACAGAUCACUAGUCACAGGUAACCAAUAAUAGACAGGUAACUAGUAGCAGGUAACCAGUAACAGACAGGUCACUAGUCACAGGUAACCAAUAAUAGACAGGCAACUAGUAGCAGGUAACCAGUAACAGACAGAUCACUAGUCACAGGUAACCAGUAACAGACAGGUCACUAGUCACAGGUAACCAGUAACAGACGUGUCACUAGUCACAGGUAACCAGUAACAGACAUGUCACUAGUCACAGGUAACCAGUAACAGACAUAUGACUAGUAGCAGGUAACCAGUAACAGACAGGUAACUAGUCACAGGUAACCAGUAACAGGCAGGUAACUAGUCACAUGUAACCAGUAACAGACAGGUACCUAGUAGCAGGUAACCAGUAACGGACAGGUCACUAGUCACAGGUAACCAGCAACAGACAGAUCACUAGUCACAGGUAACCAGUAACAGACAUAUGACUAGUAGCAGGUAACCAGUAACAGACAUAUGACUAGUAGCAGGUAACCAGUAACAGACAGGUACCUAGUAGCAGGUAACCAGUAACGGACAGGUCACUAGUCACAGGUAACCAGUAACAUACAGGUACCUAGUAGCAGGUAACCAGUAACGGACAGGUACCUAGUAGCAGGUAACCAGUAACAGACAGGUCACUAGUCACAGGUAACCAGUAACAGACAGGUAACUAGUAGCAGGUAACCAGUAACAGACAGGUCACUAGUCACAGGUAACCAGUAACAGACAGGUAACUAGUCACAGGUAACUAGUCACAGGUAACCAGCAACAGACAGAUCACUAGUCACAGGUAACCAGUAACAGGCAUAUGACUAGUAGCAGGUAACCAGUAACAUACAGAUGACUAGUUGCAGGUAACCAGUAACAGACAGAUCACUAGUCACAGGUAACCAAUAAUAGACAGGUAACUAGUAGCAGGUAACCAGUAACAGACAGGUCACUAGUCACAGGUAACCAAUAAUAGACAGGCAACUAGUAGCAGGUAACCAGUAACAGACAGAUCACUAGUCACAGGUAACCAGUAACAGACAGGUCACUAGUCACAGGUAACCAGUAACAGACGUGUCACUAGUCACAGGUAACCAGUAACAGACAUGUCACUAGUCACAGGUAACCAGUAACAGACAUAUGACUAGUAGCAGGUAACCAGUAACAGACAGGUAACUAGUCACAGGUAACCAGUAACAGGCAGGUAACUAGUCACAUGUAACCAGUAACAGACAGGUAACUAGUAGCAGGUCACCAGUAACAGACAGGUCACUGGUCACAGGUAACCAGUAACAGACAGGUAACUAGUAGCAGGUAACUAGUAACAGACAUAUGACUAGUAGCAGGUAACCAGUAACAGACAGGUACCUAGUAGCAGGUAACCAGUAACGGACAGGUCACUAGUCACAGGUAACCAGUAACAGACAGGUAACUAGUAGCAGGUAACCAGUAACAGACAUAUGACUAGUAGCAGGUAACCAGUAACAGACAGGUACCUAGUAGCAGGUAACCAGUAACGGACAGGUCACUAGUCACAGGUAACCAGCAACAGACAGAUCACUAGUCACAGGUAACCAGUAACAGACAUAUGACUAGUAGCAGGUAACCAGUAACAGACAUAUGACUAGUAGCAGGUAACCAGUAACAGACAGGUACCUAGUAGCAGGUAACCAGUAACGGACAGGUCACUAGUCACAGGUAACCAGUAACAUACAGGUACCUAGUAGCAGGUAACCAGUAACGGACAGGUACCUAGUAGCAGGUAACCAGUAACGGACAGGUCACUAGUCACAGGUAACCAGUAACAGACAUGUCACUAGUCACAGGUAACCAGUAACGGACAGGUACCUAGUAGCAGGUACAGGUAACGCCAUCUGCACAUAGGGAUUUUAGAGCACAAAACACUGCUAAAAUAAACUUUAAUAAUAAACUUUAAUAAUAACUUUGGAGGAAAUUCUUCCAACUUGGAAGGUUAAACAUCUUGAACCUAAAAUAUUUAGAAUUGUAAUUUUUCUGCCAAAGUUUCCAUCAGACUGAGAACUUUUCCAUCUGUUGCCUCCAUUUAUGCAGCUGCUGGUCCUGCUCUCUGGAUGCUGGUUCUGGAACCAGGACCGGACCAGAGGUUCUGCAGCUCAUUUAGAACCGUUUGAAGGUUUCAGCUUUUAAAACUCACUUCCUGUUUGAAACGCUCGCUCCUAAGCUCCGGGGCUUCAGACCUCGGUUCAGAGUGCCAACAUUUCUGUGACAUUUAUUGCCUUUCAGCUGUUUGAUGAACGGACGGUUCCAGUCGCUCUGCGAUGGUCCGCUCCUCUGAGGAGAAACCCGUUCUGAAUAUGUUGGAAAAUUUAUUUAGUCCAUAAGAUGUUGAGAAACCACCAGAUCUGGAUUCCAGUGAAAUCAUUGUUGACCCAAACUGUACUGUACUGGACCGAGCAGUACCACUGGUUCUGAUUCAGAUGUAUAAUAUUAUUGGACUUUCAUUAGAAUCAGUUUUAACGUGCAUACAAGGUCGCAUCUUGAUCUUGAUUAAGGCGGAAAUAAGUCAGAGGUUUUUCUUUGUUUUAUUCUGAAGAGAACAUCCCGGCUGUUUUUCUCUUGCUUCGAUCCCAAACGGCGCUGGUGCUGAUCCAGACCUGUAGGAACCGGUUGCUUCAGGUGGUGGAAAUGUUGUGAACUACUGAUUUUAUUCCCUUUUAUUUUCACAGAAAAUUAAGAUUUUUUGCUUUUCUGCACCACGUUGCCUUGAUGUUCUGUAAAUGUCUGUGAUUUUGGGAGAAUGCAUCAUGUGUAUAUUUCAAAUAUAAUUUUUAUUAAAAACAAAAAGCUUUAUUGUAAAA